AAAGGGAGGAAAGCCUAGGCACUAAGUGCAGAGGUGUGGCCCUCGUGACAGGUACAUGGGGAGGAGCUGAGCUACCUGUGCAGAGCAGGCAGUCAGGACACAUUGAACACAGUACACCUGUUGAACUUCCCAGGCAGUCUCUCUCUUUCAACCCACCUGAUCUCUUUCACUGACCCGAGGAAAGGGGGACCUGACAGGCUCACCAUGGAUCCCAGGGAGGCCGGUGGGGGUCAGAAGGACAAGGAAAGACCAAUAAAAAGAAGAAACCGGCCUGUGUUCCUGCGGUACCUGGAGAGGAGAAAGACGGACACUAUAGUGGCCGAUGACAUGGCCAACAGUGACAUCAACCUGGGGACGCUGGUGAGGAGGAGUCAGUCUGACAAGACGGAGUACAGCGCUAAACUUAAAGAGAAACUGAUGCCACAUGACCUGUCAGCUCUCCCCUCUCCGGUGCUGGACGUGGAGGAGAUUCGGUCCAGGAAGAUGAGCCGCAGGGCGAAAGUGAUAAAAGAACUCGUGCAAACCGAAAAGGACUACCUCACCGACUUGGAACUGUGCAUCAGAGAAGUCGUCCAGCCUCUGCGAGUGUUGCAGGUUGUUGACGUAGACCGACUUUUCACCAACAUGGAGACGGUGUGUGAGGUGUCUGCAGCUCUCCUUCACAGAAUGCACGCGGCCUUGUCUGACCCGGAUCCAGAAGCAGUCGUCAUAGGGGAUGUGUUUAUCCAGGCAAAGGCAGCUUUAGAAGAUGUAUAUAAGAUUUAUUGUUACCACCAUGACGAUGCCAACAUGUCAUUGAAGGCCUAUGAGAAGGAGGAGCAGAUAAAGCAGCAUUUUACUACAUGUAUCUUAGCACUGAAAAAAAUCUAUGACCAAGAAGGAAAACCCAAUUUGUUGGACAUGGGCUCCCUGCUGAUCAAACCAGUCCAGAGGAUCAUGAAGUACCCGUUGCUUCUAGGGGAACUUUGGCAGGCCACCCCUGAAGACCACUUUGACUAUCUGCCCCUGCAGGAGGCGCUCACCGCUGCGAAGAUCAUAAACGUUAACAUCAAUGAGUUCAGGAGACGGAAAGACAUAGUUAUGAAGUACAAGAGGUUAGAAAAUGAUGAAGGCACGCUGAGGGGCAAGCUAAACAAGAUUAACAUCCACUCCCUCCGGAAGAAAGGAGACAGGUUUGCGGGAUAUCUAAAGAUUCUCACUGGAGUCGAACCACAGGUGAGAGAUGAAGUGUUUGACAAGGAAGAGAAACUGUUCAGGAGUCUGGAGAAAGCUGUGAGGCAACUGGCCAAGAAUGUUAACUGCUAUGUGCAGCACACUCAGGAGAUGGUGCCUGUUGCCGUUCAGAACGUGAAGGACAUGGAAAACAUGAUUACGGAUCCAGGCAUAGCAGACACAAAUGGCUCAUCACACAAGAAUGGCAAAGAUCCUUAUAAGUACUUUAAAGAGCGAAUGGAGGAGUUGGUUCUGCUGCCCCUCACCUCUCUGCAGGGCAUGUUCACGGCCCCGCAGAAGCUCAUCCAGAAGCGCUACGACAAGCUGCUGGACUACUGCUGCCGCCUGGAGCGCUCCUCCUCUUUUUCAUCCUCCUCCUCCACCUCCACCUUGUCCCACACCUCCUCACCAGCAUCAGACGCGCCUCCUGGUCCUGCCAAGAGAGACUAUGAAGCCAUCAAUGCUUUGCUGGUGGACGAGUUGCAGAGGUUCAACAUGGCGGCUUAUACUAUCCUGACAAACUGCGUGCUGUGUCUGGUGGCCCUGCUAAGAGGACUGAUGGGUUGCGCUUUGGUUGGAGCUCCGGCUGUUCACCAGCUGCCUCCUCCACUGUCAAACAUGGCUGAGGUGCAGAACAGCAUCAUGGAUGAGCUGAACAAUCUGACAUUUGUGAAGGAUAAUGCUCAGAAGUUAAUGGAGAGAAAAGUCAGCUUUGAGAGGCAACGAGACAAAAAGACAGUGGUGCAGGAGGUGCAGCAUCAAACAGAGGAACAGCGCGCCUGGCUGCUGGCGGAGUACCCGCCCAACCGCCUCUACCAGCUGAAGAGGAAAUGCAAUGGCUGUCAGGAGCAGGACCUCAGCCUGCUGGAGGGAGAGCUGGUGGCCUUGUUGGAGGAUACAGACCCUUUAGGCAGCAGCAGCCGUUGGCUGGUGCACAACGGAGGUGACAAAGGCUACGUCUACUCCACGUUCCUGAAGCAGUACAACCCUCUGAGGGACUCCCAGCGGGCGAACCAGAAGGCCAAAGAGCAGCAGCUGCAGCCGCCUGUCAUCACAGAUGAGGACUUUGACGACCUCAGCCUGUUUGUGUCACCCAGCAGCAGCGGCAGCAUGCGUAGCGUCAGCCUGAACACCACAGACAGCAGCUCAACCCUCUCAGGUCUGCAGGGAGAGCUGGAGAACGCCGAAGAACAGGAAGAGUCGGUGGAUGGUGACACCCAACAGUAUUAUGCCGUCUAUGCAUUUCAAGCACGCUGUGAACAGGAGCUGACCCUGCAGGAGUACCAGCACGUCCGCAUACUCCAGUUCUGUGACCUGGGCGGAAACAAGCAGUGGUGGUUGGCUGAGGCCAAUGGACAGAAGGGAUACGUCCCUGCUAACUACCUUGGCAGAAUGUCAUAUGCAUGAAUGUCAUAUGCAUGAAUGUAGAAUGUAAAAAUGACAAAAAGAAAGCAAUAUUAA